AGUUACCUGAGCCAUUCACUCACAUUGUUUGAGGAGUUUGACCCCAAGGCGACAUACGCACACAGACUUCGGAAGUUCAACCGAGUUUAAUUAACCUAAGUAAUGAUUCUCACAGUAAAACAACAAUUUGAAUAGCCUCAUUUAAUGAAUUUUCAUUAGACCAACACAUUUUUGGAGACAACGUGAGCGCCGCAGUUGACAGAUAUGGAGGAGCCAAGUGACUUGUAUGACGUGUAUGAGACAAAUGGCUCCCCUUCCUGGGAAGACCACCAACAUCAGUGUCUGGAGGAGCUGGACAAUGUGGGGUGUCUCAGAAGGAAGAUCAAAUAUUACUUUAUGAACCCUUGUGAGAAAUACCACGCUCGGGGACGAAAACCAUGGAAACUCCUACUGCAAAUCAUCAAAAUUGCCAUUAUUACUAUCCAGUUAGUGUCUUUUGGGCUGAGCAACCAGAUGGUUGUCACAUUCAAGGAGGAAAAUAUGAUGACAUUCAAGCACCUCUUCUUGAAAGAUUAUGUUGAUGGAGGCAUGGAUACGUAUGCUAUUUACAGACAGGCUGAUGUUUAUGAUCACAUCGAUCACAUCCUUGAACAGUAUGGACAUCUGCACAACAUCACAGUAGGCAACCAUGAAUAUGAGAAAAAUGGUACUUUCUACAGCCCCCUGUCAGUGUGUCAAGAGUUCUACACAAACGGCACCAUCUACCCUGGCAAUGAGACUUUUGAAAUUGAUGUCAAUGUGAAAACUGAUUGCUUUAACGUUUAUCCGAUGUAUCAUCCAUCAUUGCGGGAAGCACUUCCACAUUUUGAAUUUCAUUUCAAAAGGAUGCUUAAUGUCAAGAUUACGUUUGUUCUUAAGGCCAUAAAUUUACAGACCGUGAGACAUCGAGAGCUGCCAGACUGCUACGACUUUACUGUUACUAUAACGUUCGACAACCAAGCGCACAGCGGCAGGAUAAAGGUUGACAUGGAAACCGAUGUAGACAUCAAUGAAUGUAGAGACUGGAAAGUAACUGGAGCAGCUGCUAGAAACAUAUACCUGACGGUGCUGUUUGACUGCCUCAUCAUUAUAACGUGCAUCACUUCCUUUGCCCUCUGCACACGCUCAGUGAUCAAUGGGAUUCAACUGCAGUUUGAGUACACACUCUACUGCAAGAACGAUUGCGGUAAACAAGUCCCAUGGUCAGACAAGUUGGAGUUUUUGAAUGGUUGGUAUAUCCUCAUCAUCGUUAGCGACACGCUGACCAUCAUUGGCUCCAUUCUCAAGAUCGAGAUCCAGACUAAGGUCCUCACUAGUUAUGAUGUCUGCAGCAUCUUCCUUGGGACCGGUACCAUGUUUGUCUGGAUCGGGGUCAUCCGCUACAUGGGCUACUUUAGGAAGUAUAAUAUUCUAAUCCUGACGCUGAGGGCAGCUUUCCCAAAUGUAAUCCGUUUCAUCUGCUGUGCUGGAAUAAUCUACCUGAGUUACUGCUUUUGCGGCUGGAUUGUCCUUGGCCCAUAUCAUGAGAAGUUUCGGACCUUGAAUACGGUGUCAGAGUGUCUGUUCUCCCUCAUCAACGGAGACGACAUGUAUCCCACCUUUAAGAACAUGAAGCAGAAGAGCAGCCUGGUGUGGAUCUUCAGCAGGGUCUACCUCUACACCUUUGUUUCGCUCUUCAUCUACAUGAUCCUCAGCCUUUUCAUCACAAUCAUCACAGACACCUAUGAUACCAUUAAGCAGCAGCAGCAGAGUGGAACCCCGACAUCAGAGCUGCAAAAAUUCACGUCACAGUGUAAAGAUCUGCCAAAUUCUGGGAUGUACAGACUUGACGAGACCAAAGGCUGCUUCUUGAACUGCUGCACGACCAGGUGCAGGAAGCAUCAGAAGAGGCUGACUUCUGAGGCAUAGCAGGCCUUUCAUUUUAAAAUAUUGAAAAUUGUCAUAGCUUAAACAGUAUAGCCUGUUAUAUAUUAGGUUUGAGAGUCUUAAAUCUCUUUAUUUUAAACAUUAUGCCUCUGGUUUGCUCAGGAUAUUGAUUUAUUGUGAAGGAGCAGUUUUUCAGCGCUAUAAAGACAGAGCUUGAGACACUAAUGAGGUCUCAUCUCCAUGAUGCACUGAUGCACAGAGCACUUUUAAAUACACUUAUUUAUAAUGAUAUGUAGAUGGGAAAACAAGAUUGUGACACUAAAAUUUGAAGCAUGUUAUUUGGAAGGAUCUCAAUGUUGUACACUGAAGAUGAUAAACCAAGGGUGAAUAAAUG